CCCGCGCCGAGGGGCGCGCGCCGGCCAGCGCUGCAGGCAUGCAGCGCGUCUCACGCGCCGGCGCCCCGCCGGGCGCCGGCGGCGCCGGCGGCGCCCACAGGGCGGAGGCGGGGCCUUCGGGGCGGACGACCUGGGCCUGUCGUUCUACCUGGAGCCUCCGGCGGCGCGCACGCUGAGCGUGCGGGAGUUCGAGGAUUCUCGCGGCGCGACAGGCUGAGGGUGCUGCACGUCCUCGACCGCGCGUGCGGCUACGACACGCGGCUGGAGGGCGUCGCGGAGCUGAAGGGCAAGGUCGGCAGGGAGCUCAGCGAGACGCGCCUGUCCCUGAACUAUCCAAAGGCCUCUGCCGGCGACGCGUUCUCGGAGCAGAAGGCGGACUUCGUGCGUCGGGACGCGAUCUCGCACUACGCCCUCAGGAUCGCUUUCUGCAAGACGCGCGACGCGCGCGACUGGCUGGUGAUGCAGGAGCAGCGCCUCUUCGUGCACCGGUUCGAGGCGCUGAGGCCCGAGGCGCAGGAGGCCUGCCUCUCGAAGUUCGGGCUGGAGUGCAGGAAGGUGGACCCGGCCGCGAGGAUGCCUUCGGGCGGGAGGGUCUCCCUGGAGGGCUUAGGCGACCCCUCCUCCCUCC